AAUCAGCCUCCCGGGCUCCACGCAGGCACGCUCCGCCCCUGUCCAGGGUCCGAAGGACAAUCACCCUACAUAAAGCAGGCACCCACCGCAUCGGCACCCAGGCUGCCUGGAGACUGGACCUUGUGCACCCUCUUCCCGCCGGCACAUUCAAGAAACGCCUCGCCCUGAGGGCCACUCAAACGGGACAGCAUGGACUUUAUGACCGGCAUAGGGGUUACGCUUCUGUGGUUGUUCCUGUUGAUGAGCGGGCGGGGAGUCAAUGCUCAGAGCUCUCCAGAAGGAAACAAUGCAGACAUCUGCCUCCAGCCCCAAGACGAGGGGCCCUGCCGAGCCCUGCUUCGCCGUUACUACUACGACAGGUCCACACAGAGCUGCCGCCUGUUCUACUACGGGGGCUGCGAGGGCAAUGCCAACAAUUUCGAAACUUUGGAGGACUGCAAUGAAGCUUGCUGGAGAAUAGAGAAAGUUCCUCGUAUUUGCAGGUUGGAAGUCAGUAAGGGGCAGUGUGGAGUACGCACAGGAAAGUACUUCUUCAACCUAAGUUCCAUGACAUGUGAAAAAUUCAUAUCUGGCGGGUGUCCCAACAAUAAGAACAGUUUCCCGGACAAAGAUACUUGUAUGGCCUACUGUGCACCAAAGAAAAGUCCGUCAUAUUGCUACAGUCCAAAAGAUGCGGGAAAAUGCUCUGCUAAUAUAACUCGCUAUUAUUUUAAUCCAAGACACAAAGCCUGUGAGGCCUUCACCUAUACUGGCUGUGGAGGGAAUGACAAUAACUUUGAUAACAUGGAGGACUGCACACGUGUUUGUCUAAAAGCUGGGAAGAAAGGAAAAGAAUGAGAAGAUACCCGAUGCUAUUGUGCCCAUGGAAGACUACUAACUUGGAAGGAGUAAUUUUAACCUUUUCCCCUGUAUGUCAUCUUGUAGAUGCUACUGGCUCUGUGGUUAUAUCUGAAGAAUAAUAUGGUGAUACAGGGAAAUGAAUCAUUAAUGAUUUAUACAUCAGUUUUUAUUGCUACAGGUUACUUUUUCAUGUAUUUUUACACAUAACCAGCUGCUAUUCAAAUGUGAAUCGAUUAUUUUUAAUUUACCAUUCACCUAUAUUUUAAUGUAGUUGAAUUCUUGCUGUGCCUAAGAUAUAAAAGCAAAUAAUGACUCACUCA